AGGCUAUGGAGUAGAAACAGAUAAACGGCUCAUUUAUUGACAACUCUCAUAAUAACAGUGGGCUAUUUGAUCAUAAGUUGCCACGUGUAUGCAAUCAUUGGAGACUUAGACAGUGGACAAUUACCUUGGAUAACUACUUUUAGAAAAGAAUGGAAUAGAAAUAUUAUCCUAAAAUAAUUUCGGCAGUUGUUUGCAGGUCUGCAUAGCGUUAUGGUGCCAUAACUGCAGUUUUACAGACUGCUGACACAGCUAUGCAAUCAACUCAUACUACCUCGAUUCACUACACCAUGCACGACUCAAAGGAAUCUCAAAACUUACCCAUUUCAAGGGCUACAGGAUGCAACUUCUUCCCUAACCAACCAACCGGACACUGCUCGGAUCCACCGCAUGGCCAGCUGAAGUUUGACUCUCAUUCUUUUCUGGAAUAUAAUGGGAAUAACGGUCUCUACAGUCCCGGGAUGUAUGAGUUUGGGUUCCCCAGCUCUUACGGUUGUUAUGGAUCUUAUAUGGGCUCUUCACCUCUCACCACGGACACAGAGAAAGAGGAGAAGGAGCCAGAAGUCCGAAUGGUAAAGGGAAAACAAAAGAAAGUCCGGAAGCCCAGAACCAUCUACUCCAGCCUGCAGCUGUGCGCGCUCCAGUGCAGGUUCCGAACGAGGCAGUAUCUGGCACUACCUGAGCGUGCGGAGCUGGCUGCUUCACUGGGACUCACACAGACACAGGUGAAGAUUUGGUUCCAGAACCGUCGCUCAAAGUUGAAGAAGCUAUGUAGAAACGGCCAGAUGCCACUGGAACAGCCGGAGACCCCGUGCGACUCCCCUAGGUCCAGCAGCUCUCCUCAGGCUACAACGGUGCACUGGGCCCCCCAUGGUAUUACCGAGACAGGAGGCUCAAGCAGUGAGCAGAACUGUAUCCCUCCAAGCAACCCAUCCUUUUACAGUAACUAUUCUUGGUACUCAGCAACAGACUCUGUGGCACUCUCCCAGCAGAGUCCAGUACUAUAUCAGCCACAGAAUCCUUCAGUUGAUGUGGGUUCAAUUUAUUGAUAUACAGGACUAAAGAUAAUGAAAAUCUAUGUGUGGACUCUGCUUUCACCUGGCAGGAAUAUGAGCAAUUUUUAUUUAGCAGAUAAACAGUUUAUGAC